AUGCAUCUUCUUCGCAAGCCAUUUGGUCUACUAAACAUCCUUCCCAUUCUCACUGCUCAUGGAUCGCCGGCUGUUCAAAAGAGUCUGGCCCCUCCACCUUCACCAGAGCCGAUUGUGGUCACGGAAUUGCCGUUGCCGCCGGUCACGCCCGACACCACAGAAGGAUCUUGUACGCCAGACUUGAAUCCAGGGCGGACGGGAUGUCUUCUGCGCGACUCCCGGAUUCAAAGCGGAAACUUCUUACCUGACGACAACCAUGUUCUUGUUAGUCUGAACUUCUCCGGAGCCCCGGCUGCUCCUGACCCGGCUAGCAUCUACAACGGUACGCAGUUGAUCAUCGUCAAAGCGGAUGGCGACACGUUUCCCAACGGCGACCCGUGGAAGUGCAUAACAUGCGGCGUUCCAGAGAGUAACAAGGCGGGGAGCACUGAGUUGGCCCCUUAUCCUCAAGCUUUCCGCGAUGGGAAGAGGGUCCUGGUGGGCUCUAACAUUGUCGACUGUGGCGAUGAACAACUCGCAUCCCCUGGAUGCACCCCAGACAAGGUGCAUAUCUAUCCGAUCAGGUGGAAUACGAAGCUGGAUGGAUCAGGCCCAGGAGGGGAUAUCCGAGAACUGCGGCUGCACCCGGACAAUGUCCAUCUCGGGUUCAAUUCGUUCACGUUUGAGAAUGGCCAGCUCGGCCAGUUUGCAUAUUUCAGUCGGCUGCAGUUCAAUCCGAACCCCAGCGCGGGGGAGCCACGGACUGCGCGGUAUGACUUGGUAAACGUCACCAGGCUAUUCAGCCCCAAGAACCCGGCCAGCAUCAGUGUUCACGGUAACCAACUGUUUAUCAAUGACUCGGCUAUCUCGGUCGGAGAGCUUCGGGGGUUCAGUGGACGCGGAAAAGAAGUCACCUACAUCGGAAACUCCGUAGAAUCGUGCAACAUCGAUGUGUUUGCUGCCGAUCUGACCACAGGCAGAGUCCGUCGGCUCACAAGCGAUCCCGAAUACGUCGAUCCGGUUGAUAUCUCCCCCGACGACAAGUGGCAUGUUAUCCUCGAUACUCGGGGCUCAGGUCGGCAGAUGUUCCUCGCCGGCAUGCGAGGCGUGCCCCCUCUCAUUGACAUGGUCACGGUCACGGCUGUUUCUUCUGUCCGGAACAACGGGGCGAGGCGCUUUUUCCAGCCCUGGCUGCUAGACCACGACGGAGACCGUGGAGACUACAAUGGACAACAAGUCAAUGCCGCAGGCGAUGGCAGCCCUGGUAGCAUCAAUGAUCCCAAUUGGAACGCAGGCGCCGAUCCGAAGUGGUCUCACGAUGGGACCCGAAUUGCAUACUACCAGAACAUGGUGGUUCCGCCCGCAUGUGGUGGGAACAACCCCUUGCCUUGCCCGAACUCGACUGAGCCCGGUGGUCGUAUAACCCGUCUGAUGCUGGCGCACCUGACGAGUCGUGAGCCGUUACACCUGGAACCCGUGGCUCCGGUCUCGGAUGAAGUUCCGUGGGGAACGCCAUAUGUUCCUGAAAGCCCUAUUCCCGCUCUUUCGUAUCCAGGAGACGGGAGUUAUACGCUGCAGGGGAAGGUGUCAGGGUCUGCCCGCGUAACGAUCAUUGGCAACGCCGCUGGGUCAGCCCCCAGGACGAUUGAAGUCGCGUAUGACAACUAUUCUGAUGACGGGCUUCAUUUCAUUCAUGGGUGGGAGAAGGUAACCAGCACGAUGCUUUCACUGACACUCAACAAGCUCGACUGGUACUCGAACCUCGCCUCAACUGGGCAACAACAUGCAACGAAGAAAACGGGCCCCGGCGGGUUCCAUCUGGAGAUUGACACUCUGGCAAACAUCUUCAAUGCGAAUGGCACCUUGACGACUAUGAUCGACGGAAAGACUUGGAGACAGCCGCUUAAUGGGGCCUAG